UCCCCUAAUGCAACUUCGCAUGUGCUGAAUCCAUGCACUUGUGGUUUUGGAAGCUCCGCUCCUAAAACUUGAGACAUUCAUCUCCGAGAAGCCCGAGGAGCAUCCUGAAAAUGGCUCUCUUGAAUAGUUUUGCUGCUGCAGGCUUGAAGAAUCUUCAAGCCGGCUGGACAAUCAAUCAGCGUAUCUUUGUCUUACGCGCGUUACACAAGUCUGCAGCCAGCGAGGCUUUGGAGAUCCCCGCAACCGGAGAGGAGACCAUGUCAGGCAGGCUGAUAGAGCCCACCAUGCCCGUUGAUGAGAAGACGGAGCUCAAGACCUUGAAUGAUAUGCCGGGACCCAGCACUCUUUCCAACUUGGUCGAGUUCUUCUGGAGAGACGGCUUUAGCAGAAUUCACGAAAUUCAGUUGGAGCAUAGAAAGAAGUAUGGAAAAAUCUUCAAGUCCCGUUUUGGACCCCAGCUGGUGGUCUCUAUUGCAGAUCGUGGUCUGGUGGCUGAGGUUCUGCGCGCUGAGGGCGUGGCACCCCAGAGAGCUAACAUGGAAUCCUGGCAAGAGUACAGAGACAUGAGAGGCCGUUCCAAUGGCCUCAUCUCUGCUGAGGGAGAGGACUGGCUGAAUAUGAGGAGCGUCCUCAGGCAGCUCAUCAUGCGGCCCAAAGAUGUAGCCGUCUUCUCUGACGACGUGAACAAAGUCGUAGAUGAUCUGGUGAAGAGGGUGUGCACUUUACGUGCGCAGGAAUCUGACGGAGCAACUGUCUUCAAUGUGAAUGACCUCUUCUUCAAAUAUGCAAUGGAAGGUGUGGCCUCUAUUUUGUAUGAGUGCAGAUUGGGAUGCCUGGAAAACAAUGUUCCUCAAAAAACACAGGACUACAUCGGAGCCUUGAACCUCAUGUUCAGCUCAUUCAAGACAACCAUGUAUGCUGGAGCAAUCCCCAAGUGGCUGCGUCCCAUUAUUCCCAAACCAUGGGAGGAAUUCUGUAGUUCCUGGGAUGGUCUUUUCAAAUUCAGCAUGAUUCAUGUAGAUAAAAGGUUCAACGAUAUCAAGGCCCAGCUGGAGCGGGGAGAGGAGGUGAAGGGCGGACUGCUCACGCACCUGCUUGUUACAAAAGAGAUGAGCAUUGAGGAGAUAUAUGCAAAUGUGACAGAGAUGCUCCUGGCUGGAGUUGACACGACAUCCUUCACUCUGUCCUGGGCCACCUAUAUGUUAGCCCAACACCCUGACAUACAAGAGCAAAUCCAUGGUGAAAUCACACGGACUCUGGGCCCGGGAACAGUCCCUACAGCUGAGGACGUCUCUCAGCUGCCUCUUAUCAGAGGACUUGUGAAAGAGACUCUGAGACUCUUUCCAGUUCUCCCAGGCAACGGACGGAUUAUCCAGGAUGACUUGGUGGUCGGCGGAUACUUCAUCCCAAAAGGGACUCAGUUGGCCCUGUGCCACUACUCCACAUCACUGGAGGAGGAGAACUUUCCAGGGGCCUUAGAGUUCCAGCCACAACGCUGGGUUCGUAAAGAUGCCUCUGAUCGGGUUGACAACUUUGGCUCCAUUCCAUUUGGCUACGGCAUCAGGAGCUGCGUUGGCAGGAGAAUAGCAGAGCUGGAGCUGCAUCUAGCUCUCAUAAGGCUGAUCCAAAAAUUCCGCAUCGAAGUGUCUCCUGUCACCACUGAGGUCAAAGCCAAAACCCACGGCCUGCUCUGUCCAUCUGCUCCCAUCAACCUUCGGUUUGUCGACAGGGAAAACUGAAUGCAGGCUUCUCUCCUCGGAAGAUUCCACUGUACUGGAUCUUUAUUAACCAACUUGCAGAGCUGAGACUGAGGUUUUACUCAGACAAGAAAUGUCUUAAUUGUUUGUUAGGAAACACAAACUCUGCACAAAUGUAAACUGUAAACACUGUUUUUUAAUGACUGUUUUUGACUUGGUAAAGACAGAUUUAUGACUGAUACUUCAUUCCUAUUCAAAACACUGAGCAACAAGUGAAGGAGUUCAUUUACUUUCAUCAUUCAUUACAUCUUAAGGAGCCUUCAAGUAAAUGGAAAUGUGUGACCAUGUAAGCACACGUGUUUCAGCUUGUAGUUUGUCGAAGGGCAGUUGCAAAUGCAUUCAGUAAUAGCUGUCUAAGGUUGAGGUGUGCCAAGCUUUACUUUCCAGAAACGCUGUUUCUGUGGGAAACCAAACUAAAAGGCUUCUGUUUCAUUUGGCACCAUAAUCACUAAAUACAUUCAAAUUCAGAAGGGAGAUAAUGUAAAACUAACCGCAUUUUAGAUAUUCUUCAUCCAAAUUCAAUUUUUUAGUAAAACUUUUAAUUAAAUUUUUGAUUAAGGCAGUUUUUAAAUUAUAAAAUAAUAUUCAUCUAAAUAAAUCUUAAAUGUAUGUAUUGGUUUUACAAGAUUGAAGUUGUGUUUGUCAUGCUCAGAUCACUUGGAUUACAGAAUGUGUUUAGUAAUUUGGGGAAAUUUUUAUCAUUUGUGGGGAUAAUUUUUUACAAGGAACGUGCAUGUCUGGGAAUGAAUCGCUAAAAAAGGAAAAGCAAAGUUAUAAGGAUCAUGCUGUGAACAUGAAGGAAACUGUAAACAUUUUGUUUAUGUUUUUUAUAUUUUGUCUACUUGUUUGUUUGUUUUUUAGUGGCUCCAGUGAAGCUUGGACUUAAUAAACCUGUAUAUGUUAUUGUGUGUUGUACUCUAAGAAGACUUUUCAGUUCUUACUGUUGAAAUAUCACUCCUAAGGCAGACAUGUUUUGUAAAGUAAAAAGUAAAAUUAUUGGUCCCAAUAAGAAACUUUUAAAAAUCGACAUUUUCAGACUAAAUAUGUGACCUAUAUUUAGUCUGAAAAAAAUGAUGAUUCUUGAUGCAAUGAUAAUUCUUUGCAUUCUUGUUGCAAAAUAAUAAUGCAAGACCAGAAAACGCCUUUAGAGAAAGGGGGGGAAAAAUAAUGUUAACAUUAUCUGACGUAGGUGGUGACCUUAUGCGUCGCUUUCAUUAUGUGCUUGUGCAAUAGGAUAUAUUAACAUUAUUACCCAAUAACAAGCAAAAAAGUGUAUGUUUAUGAUAUCCUGAAAUCUCCAAUAAAUGAAAGUUUGAAGAACCUA